ACAACAGUGUCGGUCAAAUUUGCCAGAGAUUCAUUUAUUUUAUUAGUUGAUAUAUACCUAUCUGGACAAAUAACUUUGUUUGAAAUCAUCCCAAUCCCAUCUAAAUAAAAUUUAGAAGGGAUGCAUCUAGGACAUAUUUUGCAAAUUAAUGUGGAGCAUAAUAAUUUGUAAUAUAUAAUAAUAAUAAUAAUAAUAAUAAUAAUAAUUGAUAAAUACUUAUUAAUUAUACUUAUGAUAUGACUAUAAGCAAAACACAUAAGUGACGAUUGCUGAUAGUCGGUUUUUUAAGAAAGAAAAUCGCAUUUUUAAGCGAAUGUCUGAAAAUACAAAGGAUUGUACCCCUGAACCACCAGGGGGCGGUGACGGACCUGAAAGUUUAGAAUCAUCAACUGACGGCAGCUGAGGAAGAGGAGAGAAGAGGAAAACCUUACGGAUAAUAUGGUAGUUGAGUUCCAGUUUCCUAAUUAUAUUAAAUAUCAGCUUCUAAAAAAGAAAACCUAUUUUUACCAGCUCCGUCUUUAAAACGUACAAAACCAUUAACCGACAACCGCAGCAUAUUGUCAGGUCCCUAAUUUUGCUAACUUGAGCCACAAGGAGCGACAGUCUUUAGUCGUUAUCGUAAAUAACAGGCGGUUCUUCAUCACCGAGGACAACCACAGCCUGUCAUGUCGGAGGACCUUGAAUUCGGAGAUGACCCGACCAUGAUGACCAUGGAGGAAGAUGGAGAGGCGAGCAACGACGAAGCAAUGUCUGCCACGGCUGACAGUGGCCUAGCAGGGGCCGAGUCCGAGGGAUCAAAAAUUGAUGCCAGCAAAAACGAAGAGGACCAAGGGAAGAUGUUUGUGGGGGGGCUGAGCUGGGACACCACCAAGAAAGACCUGAAGGAUUACUUCUCCAAGUUCGGAGAGGUGGUGGACUGCACUCUGAAGCUGGACCCUAUGACCGGCCGCUCCAGGGGCUUCGGCUUCGUGUUGUUCAAGGAGGCGGACAGUGUUGACAAGGUGGUCACACAGAAGGAUCAUAAGCUUAACGGGAAGGUGAUUGACCCCAAGAAGGCCAAAGCUAUGAAGAGCAAGGAGCCGAUCAGGAAGGUCUUUGUGGGCGGUCUCUCUCCCGACACCCCAGAGGAGAAACUCAGGGAGUACUUUGGUGCUUUUGGAGAGGUGGAGGCCGUAGAGCUGCCGAUGGAGAACAAGACCAACAAGCGGAGAGGUUUCUGCUUCAUCACGUUCAAAGAGGAAGAGACGGUGAAGCAGAUCAUGGAGAAGAAGUACCACAACAUCGGCCUCAGCAAGUGUGAGAUCAAGGUGGCGAUGUCGAAGGAACAGUACCAGCAGCAGCAGCACUGGGGGGGCCGAGGGGGCUACGGCUCCCGACCUCGGGGAAGAGGGGGACCCAGUCAACACUGGGACCAGGACUACGACAACUAUGGCAACCAAGGGUACGGAAACUACGGUAACUACGGCUACAACAAUCAGGGCUACGGCGGCUACGGCGGAGGAUACGACUACUCCGGCUACAACAACUACUACGGCGGAUACGGUGACUACGACAAUCCGGAGGGCGGAUACGGCAAGUCGCCGCGACGAGGGGGCCACCAGAACAGCUACAAACCGUAUUAACGCCACGGCACGGCCACACCUGUUCCAAGAAGGUACGUGCCAUCCCCACGGCCGUACCGCCAACCCCUCCCAGUCAUAGUCGUGUCUGUUUGACGUAAACGCGUCAUGUUUAUAUUUGUCGUACGGUAAAACAUUAACGUGUAAUCUUUGCCGUUUUGAUUAAUUCAUUUUUUGCCUGUGUUUUUUCUUCUCCGCACCCUCAUGUGCUUGACAACUAGUUUUUAACAUAGCCGGCCUUCUGCUGCUGUCGUUGUGCAUCUUUGUGUUGUCUUUCUUUUAACUGUAGAGUUAACAGGUAACGUACUGCUACUACUACUACUACUACUACAGUAAAAUGGAUGCCAAAAGCCCAAAAAAAGUUAAGGAUGGAAAAAGAAUGACAGAAAGAGCUCCCAGAAGUGUGUUUUGUCUCCUAACUCUCACAUACCUUGUUUGUACCUGCCAGCGGACAUUCCUUGCAGGCGAACCAGCUCCACCCCCAGAUACUCUGUGCCCGCUCAGUGCGGACGGGGUACGAGAGGCAUAGGCUCUCGAAUGCCGCCAUUUGGUAUGGUCCUCCUACACCCUGUAUCCGCAUUUCUAAACUGAAAUCACAAAUAAUGAUUUUUGUUUUUCUUUUAAUUCUGGGGGGAGGGGAGAAACCCCCCCCGCCAGUUUGACGUUGUCAUUUCUUUUCAGUUUGAGCUGUUGUAUUUUAUUUAUUUUAUUGUAUGUAAAUGUAAAAAAAAAAAGAAUUAAGUAAUCGUAUGUAAUUGUUAAUUUUUUUGCAGGCCUUGUACUGCCAAUCCCUUCCCCCAGAUGUAAUGGUUAACUAUAUAACUGAUUUGCUUUUCUAGACGUACAGCAUUCUUUGGACUUUCCAGUUGCUUUUUCUUAAUUCAAAACGAUGUAUUCCUAAUGGUAUCUUUUUUUAAAUGCUUGCUUUCUCUAUUUAGCGCCACUUGUAGCAGUAAUAGCCUGUAGUCCAUGAGCUAAAACCUGGUCGGUACAUGGACGUGUACACGAAGCCUUGGUUCAUGUAAUUGUACCUGUAUUUGUCAUUUUGCUUUGUGUUACUGACAGGAAAGAGGAAAAGACUCGCUCUCUUUUAAACCUUGUUAAUGUCCCUCUCUAACAAAUUCUCUUUUUUUUAAUAUAUGUAAAACACGGACGAAUCUAGAAAGUACCGCUACAUCUGCAGAAAUUUGCAUGUAAUGUUUUUUAUAAAUGUGUAUCUUUUUUAGUAAAUAAGUACUUCAAUUGAGUACUCUGGCCUCCUUUGACAUCUACCAUUUUGUACGCUGGGAUUUCUAGCUUAUGGACUAACUAUGGUGGUUUAAAAUCUUAAAACGUGUUCUAAGAGUGGUCCUCAGUUUCUCCUCUAUGAUUAUUGACCUUGAUAAAUACAGGGGGUUCCUAUGGUUUGUGGCUGAGGCCCUGCUUGUCUGACGUUCAUCCCCGGCCUGAAGGCAUCUCUGUUUGUUUUUAUUUUUCCAGGCUUCAAGAUGGCGGUAGAAGAAGAAUCUGCGCGGGGGGGCAACGGAUGGCGUGUGGUGUUGAGGAGGCACAAGAAUCCAGUCAGAGGUUUUCAGUCCAUUGUUUUUAAUUCAGAGGUGGUCCUCCAAUCACAUAAUUUUAUCACUAUCCUUAUUUUAUUCUAUUCGUCAAAGAUUUGACUUUUUUGCUGGGUUUUGGUACGCAAAAAACAGGAUUGCUAAGAAAGACACCACUUUCCUUUUAAAGUGAUCAACUUUUUGCAUCAACCAGUUCUGAAUGGCAGUAUGUACUGGAUAAGCUGAGCCAAUAGGAUAUUAUUGAUUUUUGUGCUGGGAAACAUUCAAUCAGUUACCUGCCAUCGUAGUCCUCAUUGUAGUUAUAAUAAUAUAUACAUUGUUACAGAUUUAAGCAGUAUUUGUUUACUUAUAUACAGUGGAAUGGACACAAACAUAACACGUGGAAUAAUAAAAAAUAAAUACAA